AUGAAUGCAUUACCUUCUCCUGUUGGACCUCCAAUCGCUCAAGAUCUUCAAUUAGAAUUGGGUUUUCAAUUAGCAGAUAUCGAUCCAAGAAAUCAAUUGUUUUAUAUAUUGGCUCGUCGAAAUGACUCGAAUGUAUUCAAAGAAGAAUUACUUGGUUUGAGUUUGACGAAUGGUCAAAUUGUGAAACAAACCAUUCUUCAUACCAUCGUUCCUGGUCGUACCACAUUUGGAAGAGCUCAAUACUUGAAUGUGAAUCCAAUGAAUGGAGAUGUGUUUGUCGUUUGCAAUUUGACUCCAAAUAUUCAUUUGUUUUCGUUAUUGAAGAUUUCUUUUAAGGGAGAUCAAUCCAAUAUCACCAUUCUUAAUCAUGGAUUUAGUGGAAUUGGGUCUAAUGAUGGAUUAUCUGCAUUCGAUUUCAAAAACAAUGUACUCGUAAUUUCCUUUACUUUUAAUCCAACGGAGGACCCUUCUCUUGUUGCAUUGGAUGGAACCACAGGCCAGAUAUUGAAAAUUGAUCCAAACAAAGGUUUAAUGAACACAUUGACAUUUGACGCAAAGUACUGGAUUCAUACUAGAACUUUGCAAGUUCGAAAAAUUGUGUAUAUUGAGAAGUUGAGUACUCGUGUAUUAUUCUAUGGAGGUUCCUUGGAUACAGUGAGAAGAGUCAUGUAUUGUUUCAUGUCCAAGAUCAAGAGUUUGGAAGUGGAUUUGGUAACCAUUGAGGUCGAUACAGGGAAAGUCGUUGAAACAUCUCCGGUUUUAAUUCUUCCUCAAAAUUUACUUGUUUAUAAUGGUGAUCAAUAA